UUUCUGUCCCCCGCUGAGUCAGAUGGACAGCUCCCAACUUAGAAUGACACAAACAGGCAGACCAGCCCUUCCGAAUUCAGAACGUCCGAAAACAUCAAGAGGACUCUAAAAUACAAAAGAAAAACAACAUCGGGCGCUGGAGGAUAUCACAGAGAUGGAGGAAUGCGAGAGCCUGGACUCUGAGAUGACGGAGCUGCAGGAGUUUCAGUGCGAAACUUCAGAGGCCGCCAGCCAGGACGAUGAGGAUGAGGUGGAGGAGCUGCGAAACAGUCUGCGAGAGGUUGUCCAGGACCAGUCGGUGAAGCCCAAACUCCAGUGCUUGAUGGUGGAUCCAUCGUUCUCCAUGGUAACAGUUCAGAGUGAGGACAGUGGUAUUGUUUGGGAGACGGCCUCUAGCCGCUGCUCUACUCCCUGGGCCUCUGAGACGAGCUCUAUCUCUGAAGCCUACAGCAUGGAGGGCUCCGGGGCUGCGGGGAAGAUCACCAUCGUCUUUGACGAGGAGAAAGUGGUCCGGAGGAGGACAAGGUCUGGGGGAAGGAGCAGCAGGUUGGGGGACAGGCUGAGCAGACCCGGCAGCUCGAGAUCAGCUUCGGCUCUGGGGGUGGAGAGGCCGGAGAUGGCGGAGGUUUCUCUCCCCAACUUAAAGCAGGAGAAAACCGAAGCAGAGCCGGACCUGGAGGAGAUCAAAAACAAGGAUCAGCAGCUGUUUAGUUUGAUUUCAGAGGGUUAUGAGAUUCUCAACAUCAGAGUCCCCUCCAAACUUCCCACUGUGGAUGAGGAGGAGAGCACAGAGCUGCAGGACAAUUUGUCUUAUCUGGACCAGACUCCCAAGAUCAGGUCCCGAAACCACCAUGACUGGAAACAGAAUCAUGUCCUGCCAGAGGAGGGGGAAAUACUGGAGCCCUCAGAGCAAGAUUCCUCUCAGCCAUCAGCAGAUACAGAACACGGACACACACCCACUCAGAAAGAGAGCACCAGUGACAUCGACUACUUUGAGAAGUUUACCCUCUUGGAUGAGGUGGUCCCUGGAGAACAAGCUCCAGAGCUGCAGGAGGAGGCAGAACAGCCUGCAGUGAAACCCAAAGCAGAGGAGCAAAAACCUGCUAAAGAGACAGCAUCAGACAGCCCCUCUGCAUCAGAAGACUCCUUCGUCUUUGUUACAGAUGUGGAGAUAGUCGGGGAACACCUGGAUGAGGUCUUCUAUGGAGAGGGAGCUCCUGCUGACGCGCUGCAGAGGAGAGACGACGAGGACGAGGCGGAAGCCAGGAUGAGGUCGAGACGAGAGAGCCAGAGAUCGAUGAAGGAGAGCGGCUCAGUACUGUUCGGGAGCGAGGAGACCACGCUCACGCCCAUCUACAUCUCCCCCGGACCUCCGAAGAUCAUAGACCCCAUCCUCCUGGAGGAGCCCACUGCCAUGUCCUUCAUGUACUCUGACCUUUAUGAGGAUGCCGUUGGCGAGAGGAGGAGGAGCGAUGAGGACUGCUCGGAGGGAGAGAGCGUGGCAUCUGAGAAGUCUUAUAAGAGACGUUUGUCAGAUUCAGAGGAGGCGGACGGGUACCUGGAGAAGUUUAUUUUGAAGGAUGAAACACCCACAGUGGAGGUUCAGCCAGAGUCACUGGAGGAUAAGAGGAAGGGGAGGAUGAUAUGGUCACAGAGUAAAUUUGACGUGACAGGAUGUCUAACAAGGGUGGUCAGAGAAGAAGACCAAGACAAGACAAAGACAGAGGCACCAAAGACACAGGAGGUCAGUGCUGGAGACAGGAGUGAAGAUCUACAAUCAGCAACAUUUGAAGAGAAAAGAGAAACAGUUACAGCAACAAGAAAGGAGACGGAGCAAGUACAACUCUCCAUGGUGACUGUAGAGCGUGCACUCAGGGAAGCCUCAGAAGAACCAGUUCAGGAGUCUAAAGUGACAGAGGAUCAGGAAGUGAAACAUGAGGUGAAAAGAGAUCAGACUGAGCAUCCUGAGAGCAGCACUGAUGAGCCUCUUCCUGAAAUUCAGGAGGUGGACAGAGAAGCAGAGAAGACAGAGAGAGAGAGUGAGGAGCAUCUGAAAAAAGAUCACAAAAGAAGCAUUAUUGAAACCGAGCAGCCACGUCAGACCCAAAAAGUGGCAGAAAAAGCAGGUGAAGUGCCUGUAAAACCUACAGAGGAUACAGCAGGAAAAGCACCUGAGUUGCCACAGACGGACAUUAAAUCAGAAACAGAAACCACUGAGAAGAGUUUGUCUGAAGAGGCACCUACUGACGCUAAAACGGUGGCUGCUCGAGAGAAAGUCACAACUGAGGCCAAAGCAGAGGGCUUGGUUGAAGUUAAAGAACCUGAGACAGUACAACAGGAAAUACUCACCUCGACGGAACCCUCAGGUGAGAUAGAGACAUCAGUUGAGAUAUCACCACGUAAGGAAAAAGAAGCAGCAGAGGACGUUCCUGAGGACGUCGCACCUGUCGAGGUUGUCACCGACUGUGACUGCGCAGUGCAGGCAGUAGUGGAGGUGACCGAAAAAACAGUGAAUGAAAAAGAGAUUCAAACCCAAGUUCAGAUCGAUCUUCAGGAGGUGACGAGCGCUGAGACAACAGAUGUUCAAAGAGCAGCUCUCGAGGGAGGAAGAGAACGUGAAUCUCUGGCAGGGGAUACCGCAGCUGAGAGCCAGUUACCUGAAUUCAUCACCGAAGCUGAUCAGGAGUCAGAGGUUAAAACUGAGAUUUCAAAUGAGGUAACUGAACCCAUGAUGCCAGAAGACAUCAAGACAGAUUCAAAUAAGAAACACCAUGAAAUCCUUGAAUCCCUGCAGUAUCAACAAGAGGCGACAGUAACUGAUAGCGAAUUAGAUAAGACUAAGCUGAUAAGUGAAGUCAAAGCUAAAACACCCACAGAGGACACUGGUGCUGUUGUUCAGGAGAUGGUGAGUGUAGGCGACGAGUUAAUCCUCCUGGUUCCCAAAGGACAAGCUGUAGAGAUGGACAUUAAUAUUGGUCAGUGGUCGGACAAGACCACAGGUGACGCAAAAGCUCCCCCUGAACCUGAGAGCACGUGUGAACAUCUCGCAGCACCUGAAGAUAUGCCAGCACCAACGGAAGAAACGACAGAGCCUCAGCUGGAGGCAGAACCAGAAGAUCUACCCCGGGAGUACUCACCACCUCCACCUGUGGUGAAGGCUGAAACAGAGGAGAGGAAGAUGGAGGAGGACUUAGAAGAAGAUGAGGGUGUCUUUUCCCGUCUGAGGAGCUUUACUCCUCAGGAGGAUUUAUCUGGCCUGCACAGAGAGGAUGUACUAUCAGAAGAAGAAGUGGAUGUAGAGCAAAAGGCGGAGAUGCACAAGGUGGAAGAUGCUCCAGAAGAAAUCCUUAAAUGGGAUGUAGGUCCAGAUAUUGAUCUGCACAGAGAGGAUUUAGAGCAAAAGAUGGAGCAAGAUGAGGUGGUUGCAGAAGUGCCUGCAGAGGAGCUCGAAUAUGAGGUCAUAUCUAAACAGGAUGCAGAAGAGAUGCCAGAACCUGAAAUAAAGAGAGAUGAAGAGAGACCAAGGCCUGCGUCUGGACAGGACAGAGAGAAGAGGAUGGAGGUGGGGAUGGAGACCGAAGAGAAAGCGUUUGAUCUGUCCCCGGAAGAAGAGCUUAUUGAGGCUGACUAUGAAAUCAUUGAUGCAGAGGAGGAGAAUCAGGCCCGGCUGGCCGCUGAGCUGCAGGGGAUGGACUGGUUCUGUCUUACCUGUGGAUGUCUGCUCUCAGAGGACGACUGUGCGUCUGGAGAGCAUCACAGCCACGAGGUGACCGCUGUGGACAAAGCCUAUGAGGAAAUCAAGGAGAAGCUGAGUGACUGGAUCUCAGAGCUUCAGGGGAGGUCAGAGAACAUUGAGGACUUGGUGUCUGAACUGGAGCUGGCCUACAACUCUGUAGAGGACCAGUGUGUGGAGAGCGAGGCGGCGAUGCAGGCGCAGAAUGAGGAGAUGAUGGCUCUGGUGAUGGAGCAGUACAACAACAUGUCUGUCAGCAUGGAGGAGGAGAAGAAGGCCAAGCUGGAGCAGCUGUACGACCAGAUCGUCUCCUUCCAAGAGAGCAUCGACUCUGCCAAGGCCACUAUAGAGACCACAUCCAGAGAGGCUGAGACUGAUGCUCGGUCACCUGAAGACAUUCAUGCAAGGCUCAAGGCAGCUCUGGACUCUGCUAUGUCACUGGAGCUGGGUCCCAAAGGACUGCUGGUGUUUGAGGACUACGCCAAGGGCAACGCCUCCAGCUCACACCUCGCGCAGCGCAAGGGAAUCCCAGUACCUCAGAGGCCCACGCUGCAGCCCCAGGAGCCAGGCUCAGCCACCAGUACCAGUGUCACUGUUUACUGGAAAGUCAACCCUGGAGAUAUCAUAGACUGCUUCCAGGUCUACUGCAUGGAGGAUCCACAUGGAGCUGUGUCAGAGGAGUACCGUGUGACAGUGAAGGAGAGUUACUGUGUCUUGGAGGAGCUGGAGCCUGACAAGACGUACAAGGUGUGGGUGAUGGCUGUCAACUAUACAGGCUGCUCUCUGCCCAGCGAGAGACUCGUCUUCACAACUGCUCCAUCAGUGCCUGUGAUUGACACAGAGCACUGUACUGUCAUGUGGGAUUCGGCCACGCUGAGGUGGCAAGAACAGAUCUCCAGACAGAGUUACACCUUGGAGUACUGCCGUCAGUAUGAACUGGAGGGGGAGGGGCUCAGAUCCAUCUCAGGCAUCAAAAGCUGUGAACAGAGGGUUCUCCUGCAGCCCAGUGAGAAUUACCUGUUCUACAUCAAAGCUGUGAAUGAGGCUGGAGCCAGCGAACAGAGCGAGGCUGCACUCAUUUCCACAAAAGGGACGAGGUUCCACCUGCUGAAAGCCUCAGCUCACUCUUCUUUGGAGCUGUCAGUGGACCAGACCACCCUGCACUAUCCUCAGGACACAUAUGAAAACACACCAUUCACAGAUAGACAGUGUCCAUCCAUCCUGGGUGAGUUGCUGCCAGCACGAGGGCACUACUACUGGGAGACGAUUGUGACAGGAAGUACAGCUUACAGACUCGGAGUGGCGUACAGCACAGCCAAUAGAGACAACUCACUGGGGGAAAACAGCCUGUCAUGGUGUUUGCAGUGUAUCCCUACAGCAUCAGGCUGCAGGUAUCAGUUGCUCCACAAUGACGUUCAGACCAGUGUGUUUGUGAUUGAGAUGCCUGAGCGAGUGGGUACUCUGCUGGAUUACCAGCUCGGUCGUCUGUCUUUUUACAAUGCCCAAAAAGGUCAGUUGAUAGGCACCUUCAGCCAGCGCUUCACCCAGCCUUGUCACCCUGCUCUGGCCCUGGAAAUGCCAGGCAGUCUGGAGGUCUGCAUGGUGCCAGAGGUGCCAGAGUUUACCAAGGACAGCUAGCUCUGCUGCUACCUGUCUCACACGCUGAAGAGUUUACAGUUCAUGUUGGACAUUUGUUAAUUUGAAUGAUCUUACUUUACAGUGAUUAAAAUGACCACUAUUGCAUCACCAAGAAGAGCGCAGAUAUGAUGGGACAUAAAAUAUACUAACAUCCACAGUAAAGGUAGAAGACACAAUGGGGUCCCAUUUAUUUAAAGAGACCCCAUUGAUGGGUUUGUGUGUUUUUUAAGGAAAAAGGAACUUAAAUUCAAAAACAAAUUUUCUCUCAUUUUUUGGCGACAGAAAUGAAUCGGUCUUGUAAAUAUCAAAAACAGAGCUAGUGCAAAUGAAAGAUGAAGGUGUGCAAUACAACUGAUUGAAACUGAGUGCCUUGAAUUUUUUUUUCACAGGAGAGCUUCUUGUAUUUUCUUUUUCAUCCAGGGAGAAGUGAAAUAUUAUGGAUCAUUGUGUCAUUUUGAUGUGAUGAUGUGACAGUUUUGUACUUUGUAAAUGUUCUACGAUUUAUUCAUCCUCAGUUGUCUCCUCUUCCUUCAAACCCUUCACUGAUAGACACUGUGAGUAAAGGCUCUAACAACACACUGAAGUCAAACACACUUUGUAUCGUCAUAGAGACAAACAAGCAAUAGUUGCAGUCUUUUGUCACCACAGAGUUUAGACAAUGAGCUUUUAUCUCCAAAAAAUAUAUAUAUACUGUAGCACUUUUCGAACUGUGUUUCAUAUUGUGAAUAGGUCUAUUUUGUGUAAAUAACCUUUGUAAACAGAUGUGAUCAGUUCUCUGUUUUGUUAUGUGCGACUGAUGGCAAACACAGAUCAACUGUUUUUCUUUUCCUGUCUUGUAAACUGAUUUUCUCGUCUGAGCCUGAAUGAACAUGAUUACUUUUUCUAUUUGCGCAAGUGGACUGAUUAUUUUUGACUCAGCUCAUUAGUUCUCUAACUUACCACUAGAGGGUGUCAGGACUCCAUUAGCUGUAACACCAUCUCAAAAGCUUCCAAAAAUGGAUGUAUCUGUCCUCUGAAUAAUGUAUGACCAGUUAUUUCAAUCACCUGAAUGGACAUGGCGCGGUAUAUUCUGUACGAAGUGCAGUGUCAAAUAAAAUGAUCCUCAAUUAUAAUGAUA